AUGCGGAAAUUCGCAGCUGAAAAAACCAGACAUCUCUUAGCCCACCGGAAAAUUUUCGCCGCCGUGUCGCAGCAUCCCGCCGCCCCGCUUUACUCGUCGUCCUCUUUGCAAAAAUUGGAGCCCCUUUUUUCAACCGCCGUUCUUCUGCGCCGUUUGAGCACCGUAGCUGAUAAACCCAAUCCAUCUUCCGAGUCGUCUUCUGGUUCGAUGGCUUCUGAUUAUUCGUGUACACCGGUUAAGAUUGAUUCGAUCAAUCCCAAGGUUUUGGAGUGUGAAUAUGCUGUUCGAGGUGAAAUUGUGAUCCUUGCUCAGAAAUUACAAGAGGAAUUGAAGGUCAAUCCAGAUGCUCAUCCAUUUGAUGAGAUACUAUACUGCAAUAUUGGAAAUCCUCAAUCACUGGGUCAGCAGCCAAUCACGUUCUUCAGGGAGGUCCUUGCUUUAUGCGAUCAUCCUGCUAUUUUGGAUAAAUCAGAAACACAGGGUUUAUUUAGUGCUGACUCCAUUGAACGAGCAUUUGAAAUCCUGGACCAAAUUCCUGGAAGAGCCACCGGUGCUUAUAGUCACAGCCAGGGUAUCAAAGGACUGCGUGAUACAAUUUGCAAAGGCAUUGAAGCCCGUGAUGGAUUCCCAGCUGAUCCAAAUGAUAUUUUCUUGACAGAUGGCGCAAGCCCCGCGGUUCAUAUGAUGAUGCAGCUACUAAUACGAUCAAAGGAUGAUGGCAUUCUGUGCCCUAUUCCACAAUAUCCACUUUAUUCUGCUUCAAUUGCGCUACAUGGUGGAACUCUUGUUCCUUAUUUUCUUGAUGAAGCUACUGGAUGGGGACUUGAAAUUUCCGAACUUAAAAAACAGUUAGAAAGUGCCAAAGCUAAGGGCGUUAGUGUCAGGGCCUUGGUGGUUAUAAAUCCUGGCAAUCCCACAGGGCAGGUUCUGGCGGAGGACAACCAAAAGCAAAUUGUGGACUUUUGCAGGAAAGAAGGGAUUGUUCUCUUGGCAGAUGAGGUGUACCAAGAAAAUAUUUAUGUGCCCGACAAGCAGUUUCACUCCUUCAAGAAAAUUGCACGGUCAAUGGGUUACGGAGAGAAAGAUAUUUCCUUGGUGUCUUUCCAGUCGGUGUCAAAAGGAUAUUACGGAGAAUGUGGAAAAAGAGGAGGCUACAUGGAAGUUACUGGAUUUAGUCCCGAAAUAAGGGAGCAGAUUUAUAAAGUGGCAUCCGUGAACCUUUGUUCUAACAUUUCGGGUCAGAUUCUUGCAAGUCUUGUCAUGAAUCCCCCAAAGGUGGGAGAUGAAUCGUAUGAGUCUUAUUCUGCAGAGAAAGACGCAAUCCUAUCCUCCAUGGCAAGGCGUGCAAAGAGCCUUGAGGAAGCACUCAAUGAUCUAGAAGGAGUGACCUGCAACAGAGCAGAAGGGGCAAUGUAUCUGUUUCCUCGCAUUCAAUUGCCUAAUAAGGCAAUAGAAACUGCAAAAGCCGUUAACACGACCCCUGAUGCAUUCUAUGCCCGCCAGCUCCUUAAUGCCACAGGAAUUGUAGUUGUUCCGGGUUCAGGAUUCGGACAGGUCCCUGGAACAUGGCAUUUUAGAUGCACGAUAUUACCUCAAGAGGAUAGAAUUCCGGCCAUCAUUUCGCGUCUCACUGAAUUUCACAAAAGAUUCAUGGAUGAAUACCGCGACUGA